AGUUAUCGGUGAGUGGGUGCCAUCACUAUAUGUAAAAAUGUCAGCGGCACGUUUAUACGGAAGUUUUCGUUUAUUUUCUUCGAGCACCGUUCAGCGCAAUGCUGUUGGAGGCAAAAGCCUGGUGGAGGCCGUGGCGGUGACCAAGAAUGGUCGCACCAUUGUGGCCUGGCACCCGGACACGCCUAUCCCCUACGAGAAUACGCAACCGCUGCCGAAAGUCACAGAGAUUCAAAGCUCGUCGGUGAUCAAGGAAUCAGCACUAAAGACUGCUAUGCGGGCGUUUAAGACCAAGCAUCCCGAGGUGGCGCGCCAGGAGCUUAUGCAGUUGACCCACACUACCAAGCACCGUUGGUUUCCACGUGCCCGCGACAGGAAAGCAAAGCAGACGCCGAUGGACCGGCCGUACCUAUAGUUUAGCACACACUGCAUUGCAUAAUGUUGAAAUAAAUUCGUUCUCUUUUAAUCCA